UAUUCCAUCCAAUACAUGCAGCACUUUCACUCACCUACCCUCUAAUCUAUAUCUUUUCCUAAACACAAAAAAACAUUUGUUUUUCUUUUUUGUUUUCUUGUAUUUGUUUUGUUCUUUCUUUUGAGUCCAACAUGGAACAACAACAACAACAGACAGGAAAUGAAGAGGGGGGUGGGAGUAGUGGAAAAGGGGGGUAUAUGAGCAGACAAAGUAGUACAAGGUGGACACCAACAACAGAUCAGAUAAGAAUAUUGAAGGAUCUUUACUACAACAAUGGAAUUAGAUCCCCAAGUGCAGAACAGAUUCAGAGGAUCUCUGCUAGGCUAAGACAGUACGGUAAGAUUGAAGGAAAAAAUGUCUUUUAUUGGUUUCAAAAUCACAAAGCUAGAGAAAGACAGAAGAAAAGGUUCACUUCUGAUCAUAACAAUAAUAAUAAUAAUAAUAAUCUUCCCAUGCAAAGAAGUGCUACAAUUACAAACAAUGUUGCUGUUGCUGCUUGGAAACAAAUUGAAGAACAACAAUCACCCAUUAUUCAACACAAGUAUUCUAAUAACAUUAUUUCAUCUACUGGGCUCUCUUCUGCCUCAUGUUCUUCUGCUGAAAUGGUUACUGUAGGACAGAUUGGAAAUUAUGGAUAUGGAUCUGUGCCUAUGGAAAAGAGUUUUAGGGAAUGCACAAUAUCAGCUGGAUGUAGCAGUGGACAUGUUGGAAGUACCAUAAACCAUCACUUAGGAUGGGUUGGUCAUGUUGGUCCAUAUUCAUCAACAUAUGCUAAUUUAUUUGAAAAAAUAAGACCAGAGGAAGAAAUCAUGGAAGAAGAACAAGAAGAAGAGAAUGGUUCCCCUGAAAUUGAAACACUCCCUUUAUUCCCUAUGCAUGGUGAAGACAUUCAUGGCUAUUGUAACCUCAAAUCAAAUUCAUCUAACUAUGGUGCUCCAAGUUGGUAUCAAGCUGAAGAUGGUUUCAUCAAUGCUUCUCGUACUACUUCCUUGGAGCUUAGCCUCAACUCCUACACUCGUAGAUCACCAGAUUAUGCUUGAAUGAUUAAUAAAUCCUUAAUCCAUGUUCAACUUGUUAAUUUUAAGAAGAAGGUGAAUCUUUAUUUUCUUAGUAUUUAUUUAUCAUAUAUA